AUGGGGACGGCCCCCAAGCCCCUGAACCCCCUCUGCCGAGCGUACCUCUAUGCCUUCCAUGGCUACCUUUUGGAAAUCCUGUUCACGGCCGUCAUCUCGGGCGAGGACUGGGCCUUCGGCGGGGCCACCACCUUGCUGUCUUUCUUCGUCUACGGGACCUGCGGCCUGGCCUUGGAGCGCAUCUACCUCUGGCUGCGCAACGACUGCUGCCUGCUCACUCGCUGCCUCCUCUACAGCCUCUGCAUCUACCUGUGGCAGUUCUCGACAGGAUACGUCCUCAGCUGUUUCGGCGCCUGCCCCUGGGACUUCAGCGGCUUCCACUACAACCUCAUGGGGAUCGUGGCCCUAGAGCACAGCCUCAUCUGGUUCGUGGGAUCCCUCCUGCUGGAGAAGUGGGUCCUGGCCAACGUGUUGAGGCUCCGGCUAGACGAGCCCUGGAAAGCCAAACCUCGUCCCAUGCCCAAAUUUGCGCUGAAGGACGACUGACCACUGGGUGGUUUUAAGGAGGAGGAGAAAAGAGCGAAGG